AUGAUCAAUUCCUGUUUACGCAAGCGCUUCUCGUCACACGUCGUGAGGCAAAGCAACCCCUCCUUCGAGCCUCCAACGGGCCAUGGCCAAGAGCAGGAUGCUGCAUAUAAGCUUGCUUCCUGGAUCGACAGGUGCAGCUCGCAGAGGAUCGUAGCUCUGACAGGCGCGGGAGUGAGCACGGAGAGUGGGAUACCUGACUACCGAUCCCCCAAUGGUUCGUACAGCAAGGGCCACAAGCCCAUCAUGCACAACAGGUUCAUGACGUCCGUCAACAGUAGGAGAAGGUACUGGGCAAGGUCUUUCUUCGGUUGGCAGCCUCUUGCUCGUGCUCGACCGAACCUGGGGCAUGUCGCCCUGCAGAGACUUGAGGGCAUGAAGGUGUUCGACCACAUCGUCACCCAGAACGUUGAUGGGCUACACCAGAAGGCUGGGAGUGUCAAGGUCCUUGAUCUGCAUGGGAGGAACGACAUCGUCCGAUGCAUGUCCUGUGGGAACCGAAUGUCACGGCAAGAGUUCCAUGAUCAUCAUCUCGAGCCGGCAAACAGAGAAUGGCUGUCCCAUCACGAUCACUACUUCACUGCCGAGAUGCGAGCGGACGGCGAUGUUAACCUGACUAACUCAGACUUCGAGGAUUUUCACGUGCCUGAGUGCAAAGAAUGCGGAGGGAUCAUGAAACCUGACGUUGUUUUCUUCGGCGAUAUCGUUCCCAAGGACAAGAAGGACCAGGCUAGUGAGCUAGUUCAAGGAGCUUCUGGUCUGCUUGUGAUCGGCUCCUCUGUCUCGGUACUGUCGUCCUUCCGGUUGGUGCAAGAGGCUCACAGGCGCAAGAUUCCCAUCGCAGCCAUCAACAUAGGAGAGACAAGGAUGGACAAACAACAAGUCAACCACCUCAAGAUCCACGAGCGAUGUGGGCCUGUCUUGGAGAAGCUGGUCAAGCUUCUCCAGCGCUAG